AUGCUCUUCACCUCUCUUCUACGAUCUCUUCCGGCGGCUCUGCUCCUUGCAGGUGCCAAUGGCUCGCCUGUGAAUGAAAAGCGGCAAGCGUCCCUUGAGACCUUCAUCAAAUCUCAGACUGAGAUUUCCAUCAACGGCGUGCUUGCCAAUAUUGGUCCCGAUGGUGCAAAGGCUCCAGGCGUGCCUGCAGGUAUUCUGAUUGCCAGUCCAUCACGAACAAACCCAGAUUGUUUGUACAGCCACCCCUGUAACCCAGUGCAUUCGGCUAAUACCGUAUAUCGUCUAGACUUCUACACCUGGACUCGAGAUGCCGCCUUGACUUAUAAAGCGCUCGUGGAACGGCUGAUCGCCGGGGAUACUUCCCUUCGAUCCAGACUUGACGAUUAUGUUUCUUCCCAAGCCUUUUUGCAGACUGUAUCCAACCCCUCUGGUGGACCUGAUACUGGGGGUCUAGGCGAGCCAAAGUUCAAUGUCGAUCGUACGGCAUUCACCGGGUCUUGGGGACGUCCUCAGCGCGAUGGACCUCCUCUGCGCGCAACUGCCCUUAUUCUCUAUGCCAACUGGCUGAUCGAGAACGGCGGUCAGACCCAAGCUGCCAACACAGUCUGGCCUGUCAUCGCCAAGGAUCUUGCUUACACUGUACGCUUUUGGAAUCAGACUGGUUUCGAUCUCUGGGAAGAGGUGAAUGGCUCGUCGUUCUUCACUCUCUCUGCUAGCCAUCGUGCGCUUGUUGAAGGCGCAGCCCUCGCAACGAGGCUCGGAAGGCCAUGCGAGGGUUGUGCUGCUAACGCUCCUCAAAUCUUGUGCUUUAUGCAGAGCUUCUGGACUGGAAGCUACAUCGACUCCAACAUCAACCUUAACGAUGGACGCACUGGCAGGGACGUCAACUCGAUCCUGUCAUCUAUUCACACUUUCGAUCCCGCCUCCGCGUGCACUGACGCUACGUUCCAACCCUGCUCGUCUCGCGCUCUGGCCAACCACAAGGCCGUUACCGACUCUUUCCGCUCUGUCUACGGUAUCAACAGGGGAAUUGCCCAGGGCAGGGCUGUUGCUGUAGGAAGAUACUCUGAGGAUGUUUACUUUAACGGAAACCCAUGGUACCUAGCAACUCUUGCUGCAGCCGAGCAACUCUACGCCGCUAUCUACCAAUGGAACACCGUAGGCUCCAUUGUUGUCAACAGCGUUUCCCUGCCAUUUUUUAGGGAUAUCCUGCCUUCUGUCGCUACCGGAACAUAUGCCAGGGAUUCUGCUACCUACAAUUCCAUAAUUGCUGCUGUCAGGACCUACGCGGACGACUACAUUUCCGUUGUCCAGAGGUACACUCCUUCCAACGGCAUGCUUGCCGAGCAAUUCGACAAGAACAAUGGUUCGCCUGUCUCUGCCGUCGACCUCACUUGGUCCUACGCCGCCUUCCUCACCGCCACUGAGCGCCGCGCCGGUGUCCUCACCCCCAGCUGGGGAGAGACCUCCAAUAACCGUCCUCCUCAGACCUGCACUGCACCCCCUGCCUGCAACUCCAGGGUCACCUUCAACGUCCGAGCCACCACCGUCUUCGGCGAGAACGUCUUUGUCGUUGGACAGUUGACUCAGCUUGGUAACUGGACUCCCAACGACGCAAGACCUCUGAGUGCCAGUCAAUACACCAGCAGCAACCCUAUCUGGUCGGGUUCCGUGGAUCUCCCGGCUUCUACGGCUUUUGACUACAAGUACAUCAGGAGAUCUUCUUCCGGUGCUUUUACGUGGGAGAGCGAUCCUAACCGCAGGUUCACCACCUCGAGUGGAUGCGGAAGCACCGUCACCGUCAACGACACUUGGAGAUAA